AUGAACUCUUCCACUUCAGAAUUUUCGACGUCUCCGAAUAUCGCUGUCGUCGCUGCUGCUGCUGCUCCCACGUCUUCUACGCCGGCGGCCCAUAAGAGACCUUUUGCAACUCUCAUGCCCAAUUCCUCGCCCUGUGUCGUCAGUCCAACGGAGAAGAUGGGAUAUGCGAAGAAUGAACCCCAUCGAGCUUUUCCACCCACGUACCGGAAUCCGACUCUCAUGCCGAGUUCUCCGCUGAAUGUCGCUGCUAAGGAGAAGCGGGGAUCUGCGAAUGAACUACAUCGACCUUUUCCAUCCACGCAUCGGAAUCCGAGUUUUAUGCCGAGUUCUUCGCUGGAUAUCGCUGUGGUGAAGAAGCGGGAGGUUAUAGAUGGACCUCAUCGAGCUUUUCCACCUACGCAUCGGAAUCCGAGCGCUCUGCCUGCUUCUUUGGUGGAAAUCGCUGCUGAGGAGAAGCAGGGAUUUAUGGAUGAAGCUCAUCGAGCUUUUCCACCGACUUAUCGGAAUCCGAGUGUUAUGCCGAGUCCUUCUUUGCUGGAUAUCGCUGCUGAGGAGAAGCAGGGAUCUGCGAAUGAACCUCAUCGGCCUUUCCCAUCGACUCAUCGGAACGCAGAAGGGGAAGAAGUACCACUGAGCCAGAUGAGUAGUUUGUAUGAAUCUAAAUCUUUCUCGCCGUCUCAGACUGCAUUGGAUCUGGGAGUGGUGGAGGGAGAAGCUCAUCGGCCUUUUUCUCCUACUUACAGGAAUCCGAGCGAUGUUGGUGAUGUGGCUGCGGCCGUCGAUGAGGGGAAGGAUAAGGAGGAGGUGGGUGGGGAGCAGCAGCCGCAUCGAGCUUUUGAGGCUGGGUAUAGGAAUCCUGAUCCGAGAGUGGGGAUCGAGAAGGUACAGGUGCAUCGAUCUUUUACUGUGCUGCAUGGAAAAUCCAAGGGGGGUAGAGAGCAGCAGGGGAGGCUUGAGGUUGGGGAGAGUGUCGCGCAGCUGAAAGAGGAAGUUUCGGUUGGCGGAGUCGAAGAGCGGAGGAGUGAGAUGGGUCGAGGAGAUGGUCAUCGGCCUUUUGAGGUGCAUUUUAGAAAUCCUCCGCUGGAUGAGGAUCUUUCUUCGACGGGUGUUGUUGCUGCUGCUGCUUCGUUGGUGCAACAGGGUCAGGAGAAGGACGAAUCCCAGGGGUAUGUUGGUGAUGUUCUGCCUUCGAUGGCAUCAGUGGGAAGAGUGCAGGAUCAACCAGAGACUGGGAUUGCUGCGUAUCCUUCUCUGUCAGUGGAUUUGCGAGAGAGAGAACCGUUGGACGCCGCUGCCUCUCUCUCAACGACUGGAUUUGUACCUGGUGUAUCGUCUUCUCAGGUCAAGCCCGCUGAGGAUGCUGAGAGUGACCUGCAGGGAUCGAGCUCCGCUACAAGUGGCUUGCUUAUCUCUCAAUCGACAUCUGGAGUCCAACAUAGCGAGCCGUUCAAAUCUCCCGAGCCGGAGCAGCAGGACUCCGAACAGGGAAACCAGCCUGCGCAAUCUCCCAUCGCCCUGCAUCCCCAUACCCUCAAAACUCCAUCAUCUGCCGCACCUCCCAUCCAACAAGCACACACCCCAUCAUCAGCAGCAGCCGCCACCCUCCCAAACAUCAAAAUCAUAUCCAAUAAUCCCAGCAUCGUCUCCCCAGCAGGCUCGGAGAAGUCCUUCGCAACGGCUGAAGGUGGGAGCAGUAGUAGUGUCGUGCAUGUACGACUUUCAGAUGCUGGGCAGGAAGCCGAGAAUGGAAAGCCAUUGGAACUGCAGCGGGAAGAAAGAGAUGUUGAGCCUGCUCGUGAAGAGAUUGUGACUCCGUUGAGGAGGAGUGGGAGUGUGAGACGUGGGUUUGCUGUGGGGAGUAAGAGGAAUAAGGCGGGGAUGUUUAAGGGAUUGAGGAAUAGUUUGAGGAGGGGUAGGGAGUGA